AGUUUUUACUCAAUGUUCUUGGUGUACUGAUAGGUCUAUCAUCAAUUAUGUUUUAGAUCGGGUGCAAAACUCCUCUUUUCUCUGUAUUGCCAUGACUGACUAUAUUAUAGAAGUAUAUAAACUGCUUGAAUAGAUACGUUUAGCCCGGUAAUUAUCAACCCUAAGGUCGUAAAGACGCUAUCCAUGCUAUUUGUAUAUAGUUGGUAGUCAUAUAGCGGCAGUCAUAUACUAGCCACAAAGUGAGCCGAAAGAGUUCAACCAAACAACAGAUAUCAUCGACCAUGGAAUACGGCCUCGUCCUCCCGUCCGUUCUCCUUAUCGCCUUCGUAGCCUUGGCAUCCAUGAUCGUCAAGGCCAUCCGAAUUUUUGUUUUCAUCAGUAAAUUCGAGGGACCCCCGGCGCUUCCUCUUGUUGGCAACGCCCAUACGUUCAAGAGCGACCAGAGAGAGUUUUUUGUUGACAUGAGACAUUUGAUGGAUGAGUAUAGGGCUAGAAGCGGAGGGCUAAUGAGAAUGUGGCUUGGACCUGUUCCGGCUCUGGUCCUAUAUAAAGCCAAACAUAUGGAGGUCGUAUUAAACAGCACACGUCAUAUCAGAAAGGGAUACAUAUACAAGUUUCUUGAACCAUGGCUUGGAUUAGGGCUGCUGACAAGUUCCGGUCAGAAGUGGUUUCAUCGUCGUAAGCUACUUACUCCGACCUUUCAUUUCUCCAUUCUUCAAAGUUUCCUGGAUGUUUUCAACGAACAAAGUAUGAUCUUGGUCAAGAAACUUGAAGAGUUCACGGAGAACUCCGCCCCGGUCAAUAUAUUCCCCCUUAUUACUUAUUGUGUUCUGGAUAUCAUAUGCAUUACAGCGAUGGGACGUUCUUCUAACGCACAAGGGGAUGAGGAUAACGAGUACGUGAAAGCAGUAUCAAGAAUGAGUGAACUGCUGACUGUAAGAGGAAAGAAUUCAUUGCUUUGGCCAGACUUCAUCUUCAAGAAAUUGGAGAUAGGUAAAGAGCAUGAUCGCACGUUGAAAAUUCUCCAUGACGCCACAAACAAGAUGAUACAGGAAAGACUUCAGGAUUCGACGAAAGACUCUCGGUCUUCUUGCAAGGAUGAUGAUGAUGGUAGUGGUGGUGACGGAUCGGUUACAAGGAGACGCAAGAGAAUCGCAUUUCUUGAUCUACUCCUUCAGAUGCACCGAGAAGACGCGAGCUUCACGCUGGACGAUAUUCGUGAAGAAGUCGAUACUUUCAUGUUCGAGGGCCAUGACACCACUGCUGCUGCAGCAGGAUGGGCUAUCUUUCUGAUUGGACACCACCCGGAUGUACAGGCUAGACUACACAUGGAAAUGGACCAGGUCUUUGGCGAUUCUCUGCGACCUGUGACGUCAGAUGACCUAUCCAGGCUUCCAUAUCUCACAUGCGUCAUCAAGGAAACCCUUCGUAUCCUCCCUUCUGUACCAAGUAUCUUCAGGAAGCUUGAUGAAGACAUCAUCUUAGAUGGGAAGGUUGUCCCGAAGGAGACUCUGGUGGCCUUGAGUAUCUAUGGUCUUCAUCAGGACCCGGAAGAAUUCCCCAACCCUGAUAGGUUUGACCCGGAUAGGUUUCUUCCUGAGAAUGCAGAAAAGAGACAUCCGUACGCUUAUGUGCCCUUUUCAGCUGGACCAAGAAACUGCAUUGGUCAGAAAUUUGCUAUGAUGGAAGAAAAGACACUCCUCGCCAGCAUCCUUCGAAAAUUCUCGAUAAAAUCUGUCCAGACCGUUGAGGAAGCUAAACCUGCUGGACAGCUCAUCAUUCGACCGAUAGAAGGCAGUAUGUUGGUUAAGCUCAGUAGGAGAAAGUAAAGAGAUGGUAUCAGUGGUAGGUUCAACAAUAAAGAAUUGUAGUUGUCAUUGUCAUUUGCAUCUUGCCAAACAGGACCAUCGUUUUCUGAUUGGAUUUUCCAGAUUCAAACUUUAGAUAAACCAAAAUGAAACAAAAGGCAUGUUACCAAACUAUUUCAUCCAUUCACAUUCGACUUUGCAUAGAAUGACGAUUAAUUUACACCAAAUUUUGUUGAUUCUCGUUUGAUGAUGACGAUGGUGAUUGAGAUGAUGAUGGUGGUGGUGAUG